UUGCACAAUACAAUGCUGACCUACUUAGCAGCUGGAAAGGUAGUUUCGUUUUAAAAAACAGCUACACCCUUAGUUUACAGUAAAUGCUACAAAUAGAGACCAGAACGGCAUAAUCGACACACUUGGUUUUGAACACUUCAAGAUGGAUGCGAUUUUCAACUUGCUUGAGAAGCACAGACUGCAGUGUUACUACAACCAGUUUCUGCAGCUAGGUGUGAAAGAUGAAAGGGAUUUCAUCGAUGGUGUAACAGAUGAAGACCUAAACAACCUUGGAUUUAGUCAGGUGGAAAAGAAUCUUUUUUCUGCAAUGAAAAAAAACAUUGGCAGAUUUCGAGCUCCAGCAAAGCCAGCUGCAACGUCAGUGGAGAAGUCAGUAAAGUCAUUCUCUGUGGUGUACACAUACCCCAAAUGUCCAGAACCGAAAUGCAUCAAAGAUAUGGAUCAAGCUCAAAACACGGUUGAAGAUCUGAUGUUGAGAAUUUGUCAUCUUGAAAGUAUUCAUUCGUCCAAAGGUGUCUGUCUUUACACAUUGGAUGGGAUGCCCCUGACAGACGACCCUUUCUUCAACACAUGGUCUUUACAAGACAGACACAUUAAAAGUGGAGAUGUAAUCUAUGCUAUAUUUACACCCAAGGAGAACUUGAAUACAGCUCCUUCAAAUUCACUGCGGCAGGUAACUGAAAUGGGAACGGAUGCAGUUCGGUGUCAUGUCAUGCUCAAGGGAGACUUCGAGGUGAAUGUGGACUUGGCAAAACACACAAUAGCUGAUUUGAAGAACAGGCUUGCCAAUGAAAGUGGAAUCCCAGCAUAUGUUCUUCAUUACAAAGGUGAAACUGGCAGUGGCACCACACUGGAAAGUUGUGGAAUCUCAGAGGGGUCAACGGUGCACUUCUCACUGUCCUCAUUUUCUGAGGAGGUUCCAGGCCCCCACGAAUUCUUCAUCAAUGAUGUUGAGCCCUCAGUGAAACAAACCUGCAAAGGAAUCAGUGUCCUCUUGUCGUCACUGUUUGUCAUCAAACACAGAGCUCCAGUGGUUUCACACAAGAAUUUGAUUGGCUACACACGAAAACUAACUGGAUGUAACCCUCUGGCUCAAAGUUUGUAUCUGUUACUCUGCAGGAAUGAAACCAUAUCCAGAACUCAAAAGAUCGCGGUGGUGGAAGGCUUGUACACUCUCUUCAGAGAGCUUUUGCCAAAACCCGGAACGACACGAGGGGGAAAGGUCAUUGAGGACCUCGAUGUCUUUGAGUACUCAACAUACUGCUGGGCAUAUCUCAUGUCAGAAGCACAGAAAGAGACAUCAGAACAUGAGAACUACGCACCAUGUUCUCUGAUCUCUGAAGAGGGCAGCCGUUUCCGCGAACCAGUCAAUGUACCUGGGGUACCAGGUGCACUGGAAAGAGCAGUUGUUCUGCAGAAAAUCAAAGAUGGAGAGAAGAUUCCAAACAGCGCAGACAAGGUUCUCCUAGAAACAUCACUCAGGAGAGCCACUGACCUGGAGAAAAUCUUGCUAAGUGUUGAUCCUUCAAUUUCAACAUAUCACCUUUGGAUUUCUCAUGACAGCGUGACUGGUCAGAACUUCCACAUAAAUACUGUGAAGACUUUUGCAAGCAUGGAAAAGGAAAUGAAGGCUUUCCCUCUACUCAGUGUGUCUCCACCACUGUCUUUGAAGGAUCUGGGAGUUCAAGACCAGUGUCUUGUUUUGCUGAACGAAGACAAUCUUGGUGUUUAUCUGAAUAAAAACAAGGCAAUGCCUGCAAUGAUUGAGGUGUAUAAUUGCCUGUCUGGCAAAACUAAUAAUUUGGAUGUGAACAUAUUGGCAGCUAGAACUGGUGACUUGAGGAGUGACCUUUCAUUUGUCACAACCAGGACUCCAAAAGAAGCCAUACUGGUGCUGAUAGAUACAAGCUCAUCCAUGUCUGAGAAGUGCUAUGGAAGUGUGGAAAUACAGAAAAUCCAUGCUGUAAAAGAGCUUUUUGAAAACUUUGCAACACGGAGUAUGGCUUAUGAUUUCCAUCAUGUCAUUGGCCUUGUGACAUUUAACUCUACAGUGCAAACGCUCCACACAUUUACAGAAACGCUCGAAAAGUUUAAGGACCACGUGCACACUCUUGAGGCAACUGGAAGUACCAGGCUGUAUGAUGCACUACAACAUGGAAGUCUUGAGCUGGAAAAUGUAAAGAGGAAGUUUCCAGACUGUAGACUUCGCAUUCUGUGUCUCACAGAUGGAAAUGAUGUCGGAUCCACAAGCAAGCCAGUGCCUGUUGCAGUCAGCCUGAUAAAAUCGAACAUCAUUCUGGAUUCGAUUCUUCUUGGAAAAGUGCAGAACAACUGUCUCCAUGGAAUCAGCAUUGCAACAGGGGGUUGCUCUUUCAAACCAGAGACAAGCAAAAAUGGUCUCAAGCUUUUUGAGAUCGAGACUGUUCUUUCUUUGGAGAUGAGGAAACCCAAAAAAAUAACUGACCCAUCCUUAGUCACUGAAAGUCUUUUAAAAGGGUUCUUUGCUAUUCAUGGAUACGAUGAAUUUCCAGAGGCUACCUUACCGACCCAGAUGAAAAGUAAAGUGACAGUGACAGAGAAUGCUCUGAAAGAGAGGAUCCGGAAUGACAAAGAUGGGCGUUUCAUGGAAAAGGACAGACGUAUCCUGGAAGAGCUGAAGAGCCUGCAUUGUAACCCACAUCCCUACUUUAAUAUCUUUCCAUCUGAAUCUGACUUCACAUUCUGGAAGAUUCUCAUGGAGGGCCCUCCUGACACACCCUAUGAGAAAGGAGUCUUUGAACUUUUUUGCCAGUUUGGUCCUGACUACCCGGUGAAGCCUCCAACUGUUCGCUUUGUCACUCGCAUUUACCACUGCAAUAUUAACAGUGUGGGGCGCAUCUGCCACAACAUAUUUGACCGGAACUACUAUUCCCAAAUCACCAUGAGAGAUAUCCUCAAUGCUGUGUUUGGACUGCUGAUCGCCCCUGAGCCUCAAGAUCCAUUGGACAGCAUUCUGGCUGAGGAAUUCCUGACCAGCCAUGAGAUGUAUGAACAAGAGGCCAAAAAACAUACUGAAGAAACUGCUGGGCAAUCACUGGUUGAUAUGGAGAAGAAAUUGGUGGAUCAAGAGCAUCGCUUUAUACCCAAGCAUCUCAUCUGCCCCCUCACCCAGAAGGUGUUCGUUGAUCCUGUGAAAACACGACAUGGAACAGUGUAUGAACGGAAAGCCAUUGAAAAACACCUCAGAACAUGGAAGUAUGAUCCUCUGGCCGGCCAAAAGACCAUGCUCAGAAGAACGGAUCUUAAACCAGACCGUGACAUGAAGAAAAUGGUGACGGAUUAUCGUUGUCAUCAAAUUCAGGAAACCAGUUUGUAACACACAGUUAGAGCUACAACUGUGCCACAUACAUCAUGUACAUCAAGUAUGUCAGGGGGAAUAAUGGAAACAAUGGGGGCAAAGUCAGCUAAUGCAAGUUCUUGUUAUUCAUUUGUCACAUUAUAUAAUUGAGAAAUUUAAAUAUAAUCCUUUGCUUAUUUUACAAAUACUUUAUUAUUAUACUUUGAGUUACUUUACAAGAAUGAUGACAUUGUGACAAACUCGUUUGGCUACUAACGUCUCUCUAUUCAUGUUCUUUUAUUUUAUCUGAAUACUCACAUCAGUUUGACAAAUUUGCUAAACUGGUAGGCACUGUACACCCAUUAUGAACACAUUCACGGCUGGAAGCCCUACCAUGACAUCCGAUUCCUUUGAAUAAUGAAUGUCUCAAACACAUAUUUGCCUAGCCCACGGUGUCCUGAUGUUCUGAUUCCCAACUCAUAGGGGGAUUGUUUUCAGGAGUUUACAAUUAGAGAAUCACAAUGUAAAUUCUGUUUUUUAGCAAGAAUUUUGACAGCUAUUCUUGGGUGAGGGUAUUGAAUCAGUCCAAUGAAAGUCUGAUAUUUGUUUUGCUUGUGUUUUUUGGCCUUGAGACCUGGGUGGACAAUUUUUAAAUUUUUCUUUGGAAUAAAAAUUUUUGUGAAGUUGAUCUCUACUUUUUAGUUUAAUAGUUAAUUUUUUAAGAUGUCAUCUACUCAAUUUUGCUGAAUUAAAAGUCUGGGUGUAAAUAUAGGGGGCUUCACCGUUGCUUAUGCAUAAGCAUUUGCAAAAUUCUGUUAACUGUUAAGUUACAAUUUUAUUCACGAAUAAA